UUUCUCAAGAACCAGAAACGGACCUCUGUCGGAAAACGUUUAGAUUCUGACCCUCGCCACCUCCUUCACCAUGUCUGAAUGGAUUCGCGUUCUCGCCGCGUUCGUGUUCUGCUUCCAUACUUCAAUCGCAGAGAUUUUGGUGACUCAGGACCCUACGUCCAUCUCCACUUCUCCGGGGAAAACGGUCAAGAUGACUUGUACCCUCUCAGGAGCCCAGAUGAGCAGCUCCUUCACUAGCUGGUACUGGCAAAAGACCGGCAGCGCCCCGGUCCUUGUGUGGUAUGAGAGCACCAGAGCUUCUGGAAUUCCAGAUCGAUUCACCGGUACCGUGGAUGAUCCGAACAAUAUGAUGCACCUGACCAUCACCAACCUGCGAGCUGAGGAUGUCGCUGAUUAUUACUGUGCAGUGGCACUCUCUGGUGUAAUUACAUUCGGGAAAGGAACCAAACUGAAUCUGAGCAGUCCCCAGCCUCCCGCGGUGUCAGUCCUUGGGCCUUCAGAGGAAGAAAUCGCGGGAAAGGGCACCGCCACUCUGGUGUGUUUGGUGAACGGGUUUAACCCGGGCGUUGUGGACAUUGAGUGGACGGUGGACGGCAGUGCGAGAAGUGAUGGCGUCGACACAGGCCGAGCCCAGCAGGAUCACGACAACACGUUCAGUACCAGCAGUUACCUGACUCUGCCAGCCGCCUACUGGAACUCACACGAGCUUUACUCCUGUGUGGUUAAACACGAGACUCAGACAAACCCACUGAAGACAAACAUCGCCAGAUCUGUUCAUAAGGUGCGGACUCCCAAGAGCCAAGAAUCAGAUUUCUGUCGAUCACCAGUUGCACCUUUCGCUUGGGACCCCGCACUGUCACUCGCCAUGGCUGAAUGGGUUCGUGGACUGGCCGUACUAGUGUUAUUUCUUCGCACCACAAGCGCAGAGGUGAUAGUUACCCAGGGCGCGUCUAUCUCAACAUUCCCGGGGCAAACCGUCAAAAUCACCUGCACCCUGUCAGAAGGCACUUUAUCCUAUCCGAGCUGGUACUGGCAGAAACGCGACAACGUUCCAGUCUUGGUGUGGUAUGGCAGCACCAGAGCUUCCGGAAUACCUGAUCGAUUUACCGGUACCAUUGACUCGUCGAGUAACCAAAUACAUUUAACCAUCACCAACCUUCAAUCAACGGACGCCGCUGAUUAUCACUGCUUUAUGUGGACCGGUAGUCGAUAUAUCUUCGGGACGGGAACCAAACUGAAUCUGGGCACUCCGCGAUCCCCAGCGGUGUCCGUCCUCCCACCUUCGGAGGCCGAAGUCUCGGGAAAGAACAGCGCCACCCUGGUGUGUUUGGUGAGCGGGUUUAAUCCGGGCGUUGUGGACAUUGAGUGGACGGUGGACGGCAGGGCGAGAAGUGAUGGCGUUGAGACCAGCCGGAUCCAGCAGGAUAAGGACAACACGUUCAGUGCGAGCAGUUACCUGACUCUGCCAGCCACAGUCUGGAACUCACACGAGCUUUACUCCUGUGUGGUUAAACACGAGGCUCGGGCAGGCCCGCUGCAGGCAAACAUCGCGCGAUCCAGCUGCAUGUAAUCCAAGCAGUUUGUGUAUUCUGUUUUGCUUCCUUAGAAAUGUGUAUCAUCGUAGUUAGACAAUUACACAAAGUUUUGUCUAAUACAGUUUCAAUUAAAAAAGUUGUACGUUAAGUUGUACGAUUCUCACAGUGGAUUCAUUCAGAAGUUAAAACCAUCAAUGUAUCUUUGUCGCAACGUAAUAAAACCUCUAUUAUCACCGGG